GCAGCCGAACGGAGCCCGACAGAGGAGAACUCUUUUCUGUAUAAAUUAGCAUAAAUUUAGCAAAAAAUCCCUUUCCAUCCCGUUGCAAAGUUGGUGAAGAAUGGUGCUAGCAUGAUGCUACAGAUUCUCUAUGUGCUGGUGCUCUCGGGGCUCAUCUACCUUGCGCUAGCCUGGAUAUUGCCGAAGGUGAUCGGGUAUGGGCUGCGAAAGCUGUACAAGAUCGAGAUCAAUGUGGGCCGAUUCGCCUUUCCGUUAUCGCUGCGUGAUGUGACCGUGUGCAAGAGCGGCUAUUCGGUGCAGAUCGACGAAAUAAGUCUGCAGAGUAGUUUCGUGAAUUCGGACGUUUCGAAGCUGCUGUCGAUCAAUGUGCGUGACCUUCGUAUCAAUAAGGACAUCAAGAAGAGUCCCGUGGUUACCGGUGGUGCCGGUACUCCAACCAGCGGGGGACCUUCGUCACCCAGGAAAGGUGCGGCUAGUACGCCACCUGCAAGCUAUGGCCAAUCGCACGAUAUGGGCUCCACUGUCGCGGCCACGAAUGGCCUGGCCAGCGAGCAGAAGAUUUUGGAUUUUCGAGAGAAGAAGGUCUCGCCACGCAUCCUCAAGUUCGCCCAGUUUAUGGCGAUCCAUAUUAACAAUAUCGCGGUGGCGCUGAUGAACAGCGCACAGGAUCCGGGCUGGUGGUUGCAUGCGACCGCCAAGGAACUGCAUCUCGAUGGAAGCUUGGUGCACAGCACGAAAUCAUUGCUCGUGUCGGCCUCACUGUGCGAUGCCCAGGCCAAGAUACUGCCCAAGCGUCCGGAAAGUUCGCGAAAGGCCGCCGACCAAUCUCAGUCGUGUCUGGGCGAGCUCAGCUUUGGCAUUGCGCUCGAUGGGGCGCUUAUCGUCGAUGGGCCAAUGUCGCUGGAGAAGCUUACGUUUGCAAUGACCACGACAAAGGUAAUCCUGCACGGUGGGCUGUACGAGUUCAUUAAGGAUGUGCAAGCGCAGAAGCAUCGGCAACGGGCACGGUCUAACUCGCUCAGGCCGCACGGCGCUGGUUCAGAACACGGUUCUGGCACAGCUGGAUCGCUUUCUAGUCUUCCAUUCAACGAGGUAUACGAACGGAUAGCCCCGAUUAUACCGAAACUGUUUUCGCUCAAAAUCGAAAACACCACCAUCAGUGCGGUGCGUGAAAACACUUCGAACGAUUUCUCCGCCUCGCUGCAAACCUUUGCCGUAUCGGGCAAGUUCAGCCCGAACCGUGGCGCUGCGAUGGAGGACAAUCCUUUGCCGCUGGUGUACGUUGGGUUGCAGCUGCAGCAGCUCGAGAUCGAUACGCGCCAGGAAAAGCUGCUGUAUCUGCAGCAGUUCAACAUCGACUCGAAGCUCGAGAAUAACCUGCUGAACGUGUACUCCAAGCUGUCCUCUUUCGUGCUGAUCUACAAUCAUCGCGAGAUCUAUGGUUGGAUCAACGCUAACUUUCUAUCGAACGAAUCGGCAGCAGCUGGAGUUUGCAAGAGCCUAAAUCCAAAGAGCCAUAAACCGUCUGCCAUCGCUACCGGUGGCGGUGGUCAUGGGCAUGGUCGAUCGAGACGUGCCAGCUUCCUAGGCAGACAGUCCGCCAGCGGUAGUGGUCUGCUCGAUCAAUUGCUCAAGCGCAUCAUCGUGAAGGGCUGUGCGGAGCUGUGGGACCUAACGACAGUCUUCAAGUUUGGCCCGGGACAGGUUUCUUCGAUUUGCUGCGCUCACACGAAGCUGCUGCUCGAUCAGACUACGGAACGGCGCAGCAAGGUGUACCAAAGCCGGUUGCUCAAUCUACUGCUCGAUCGUCGGCACUGGAGUGCUGAGCUGCUGAUCGAAUCCGUCUGGUGGUCGCUAGGCUCGAACCUGUCACACAAGGAAAGCGCCCAAAGCUUAAAGAAAAGCCACAUCCGCGGUAGCCCGUUCUUCAUUGCGAUGAGCCUGAACAAGCUGAGCAGCUACGGGGAUACGACAAAGUUGGACUUUUCCGUACACACGUUCCGUCUCGAGUACAGUCCCGGCUUGGCAGAGUAUCUGGUUCACGCAAAACGCUGUCUCGAGCAGUACCGUACCCAGCAGCAACAGCAGCAGACGCCGCAUGUGAAACCAUCAACCGCCUCGUCGUCACACCGUGGAGGGCACUCGUCUAGUUUGGCGUUCGUGCGCGAUCUGCUGGUCACGGCACGGGUAACGGAUGUUUCCGGGUUCCUGUUCAAUCAGCACGAAACGUGCGUGCUGGCCAAUCUGAACGAGCUGACGGUGGGUAAAUCGACGAGCAAGAAUUUUGUCCGUCUCGAUGGGUUCCAAAUGGAGAUACUGGAUUUCCGGCACAUCUCGGGCUGCGAGUAUGGAUCAGCCGAGUUGCAGAACGUGUUCGCCAACGUGAAAGGUGUGCGGGUGGAGCUGGUAGAAGAAAAGGAAUCGUCCAAGAUCGAGCUGCGAUUGCUGGAGCAUACGGUCAUCAUGUGGAAUGCCAAUCUGCAUAUGCACCUCGUGACGCUAUUGAAGGAGAUGCAACAGCUUCGGGCUGAUUUGAAACCAAAGCCCAUACCCGAGCCACCACUGGAGCUUCCACAGACGGCUCCACAGCUACCAUCUGCUUCUGCCAGUGGUGAUGGGAUGGCAGAAGCCGCGAAAUCAUUUCUACGCUCGCUACCAUUUAUCGUUUAUACGGACUCGAGCGUUGAGAUCGGUAUCAAAAUCAGCGAUCGGCAUUCGAUGCAGGUGUUCGUCGAGAAUGCGUACGCACUACGCAACGAGCAGUGGAUGCUUUCGAUAGAGAAUAUUGCAAUUAAGAUCGAUGAUCAGCAUAUCUUCACCGUUAAGGGUCUGUACGUGGAAUCGGCCGAUCGGGUCGAUCUGCUGUGCCAGGAGCGGCAAAACUAUGAACAGUUUAAGCUAGCUUCAAACCGAGCCUGGUUAACAUCCAUUGGUGGUGUGAAGGUUAUAUUCCCUUAUGAGCACGAUUUCUACGGGGCCAUCGUGAAUGAGUUUGUGUCGAUCUACAAGUGGCUCAAGGUGGUACACAACUACAAGAAGAAACCGUUCACCGUCGAUUUACCGCUACCGAGUGAUAUGAUCAUACAGAUUAAGGAGUUUCUGCUCGAGAUGAGUGACGAUCCGUUCGAGGUAAAGCUGCGCGAAAAUUAUGUCCUGCUGCUGGAUGAGUACCACGAGAGUGUGAAACGGAAGGAGUUGUUCGAUCAGAAGAUCGAGCAGCUGUGCGCGGAACGGUUAAUGCUACCGCCUGGGAUGCUGGAAGAGCUGAACGCGAAUCUGAUCAAGAAAAAUUCAGAAAUCUAUAUCCAGCGAUCAAAGAAGAUCUCGGAAACGGGGCCACCGCGAACGCGACUUAUCGCUUGGGUAAUGACCGAUCUGGAGAUUAUGGCGAUGGCAGAUCCGUCAUUGCACGGGGCCGAAAAUGCGAUCCGGACGAUACGCAUGCUCGAUCCGGACAGUCCAUGGCCCGACGAGGGUAUCGAGUUUGUCACGCUGUGGUGCCGGGCGGUUGACAUUAGCUGUUCCGAGUGGAUGUUUCUGCUUCGUGACUACCCGCAGCCCAUGUUUCACGUGAAGGCGAUGCACCUGUUCGGUACGCUGGCCGGUGCUGAGAUGGCACCACCGCGACGGGCGAAACGAGAUGUCGAGAUUGAGAUCGGUGAACCGUUCGGUACGCACACGGUACAGCGGAGCAUGACGUCGAUCAAGUUCUAUCACGACUUUAACUGGGAUCUCGACUAUCUGGCGUACGCGUUCGGACCGUGCUGGGAACCGGUGAUGGCUCAGUGUAAUCUGAUGAUGGAGAAGAUCUCGGCACCCUCCCGUGACCCUAGCCCACCGCUACCGUUCUGGGACAAGAUGCGGUUGCUAAUGCACGGCCAGUUGUCGAUUCUAGCGAAGCAGUUUACGAUCCUUCUGCACGCGUCACUCGAUCCAUACAAUACGACCGAGGAGAUGGAGCUUACGUGGAGCAACUGUGGGAUCAUGUACUCGAACGCUCGGCUCAUGUUCAAGGGUGAUCUAAAUAUCUACGUACGAACGGCCUCCCAGUACGAUGAUUGCCGGGUGCUUCAUUUGCCGAACCUGAAGCUCACGUUCAAGCUGAACUGGGUUUGUCUGGCAAAUCCGAACGAUCACCACUCGGUCAUACCGUGCGCACCGGAUAAGCUGCCCGAGUACAGCAGCAACCAAGUGCACGAUUCGUUCCGUGCGUUCCGCUCGCAGCAUCUCAACAUAUGGGUAUCGUUCGAGAUCAAGCAACCGACGUCCGAUAUGGACAUCCCAAAUCUGGUGCUGUAUGGUAGCACGCUGCGGUGGUUUGAGAGCCUGAAGCUUAUCUUGUCCGGUGUUACACGGCCAACGCGUCGCGGACCAGUCUUUAACAAUGUGCGGCCAAGGAAGAAGCAGUUGAGCCGGCACUAUCGCAAGGCGAAUCUGCAGAUGAGUCUGCAGCGAUUCCAGAUCUUCUACUGGAUGUCACAUGCGCUGAAUCGUGGUUUUCAGCUAAGUGGAGGUCGCAUUACGUUGAGCUCGGAGCACACGCUUACGCUGCAACCGAUCGAUGAUGGGUUGAUUCAUCGACCGCGCGCCGACUGGUCGGUAAUGUAUAUGAACUGCGAGCUGAACGAUUCGGAGAUAUGGCUAAGGACGACGCUCUCUACCAACGGUGAAUGUGAUCAACGGGCGGAUCGCAGCAACUCGGAGAGCUCGGAAAACAUUUCGACCGCUAGCGGGGACAUCUAUCGGUACUACUUCCUGAGCGUGGCGAAAGUAUCGUACGGGCGUGAGGCACUACUGUCGACCAAUGGGAACGAGCGCGAAAAGGAUACACCGACGCACAAGCUGGUCGUGUAUGAUCUGAAGGGUGCCUGGACGAAAGAUAACCGUGAUGUGGCUUUCGCGUUGUUCGAUUCGCUGGUGAAGAGCCAAAAGCUCAAGAACAAUCUGUCCACAGAGGCGCUCAAGUGUUUCCGUAAGGAAGGUAGUGCAGCUAGUGGAAGUGCUGUGGGUGCUGCUGGUCCCGGUGGAAGUGCUGGCGGGGCCGGUGGUACACCGUUGAAAGCGCGCACCGGUGGUCAAGAUUUGCACUCUGGAGCAGGGGCGGGUAGCACGGCUGGUGGUGGUGGUGCUGGAGGGGCUGGACGAUCGGUAGGGAAGGCGCAACAAUCCAGUGAUAGCCUGGCGAUGCUGCAGCAGCUUAUCCAGGAAGCGGAACACAAGCCACUGGUGUACAGUGACGAUCAAUCCGCGCAGACCCGCCAACAGCAGCUGAAGGGUCUUCAGGCGUACCAGGAGGGUGACGUGAUGCACUACAAUUGGGCCAUCUCGCUCGUCAACUCACAGGUGCUGCUGAAAGGCUGCGAAACGUCCGGCUAUGUGAUACUGAGCGCGGCUAAGGCAGAAAUCCUGCAACGCGUACAUCGUCCCGUUUGGCGCGAUCAUACGAUCGUCUCCAAGACGACCUGGGUCGGUUCGCUCGAGUGCAUGCAAUACUACGCUACGGUCAGCGCGAACGAGGGCGAUGCGCAUGAGAUGGCGGAAAUCAUGUGGCUGAAGGUGGACAACAUUCAAGAGAAGGAUCGCGAAGUGACGGUAAUUAGCGAGUUGCCCGAUCUGCCGCAUCUCGUCGGUAGCGGCCAGAGCGUCGGUGGUGUCGUCUCGGAAACGGUCGGUGUGCUGGGCGAAAGUUCCUAUAGCAAGGGUCAAAAGCCACCGAUACAGUUACAGCGUAUCGUGUCGCGGUGUAAGUGUGAGUUCUUCUAUGUCUGCUACGGUGACACGAGCAUCGAUCCUGGUACGAUCAGCGAAGUACCGCCACUGCCGGUGGAGGAAACGCUGGUACCUUGGGAAAGUCAGGACGAACCGGUCGAUGCGUUCACGCUGAUGCACCAUGAUCUGGAUGUGUGCACGAAUUCGCUCCAGUACGCGAUGAUCCUGGAUAUUGUUAACAAUCUGCUGCUGUACGUGGAGCCGCAGCGCAAGGAAGCGCUGGAGCAGCUGGCCAGGAUGCGGUUUCAGCUGCAGCUGUACAGUAGCGAGGAUCAGAAGCGUCCGAUACAGCAUAUGCAGACGGAGAUCCGGAGUUUGAUGUCACGGAUACGCUGCCUGGAGAAGGACAUCCAUUUCAUCACGAAAGCCCGGCUGGAGGAGGGUGAUACGGAGGAACUGCGGGUCGAGUACGAGGACGUACAUAACCGGAUACUGACCUAUAAGGAGCUACUGACGACGAAGAGCGACGAGCUGGAUAUGAUGCUAUCGUGCUACAACGAGGCUCAACUGUCGGCUUCCAAUCGCAUGGCUACCUUCCGAAAAGAUAAACCGGUUACGAUCGUGCGCGCUAACGAAAUCUGCUUCAAACAUGCCCAGUGGCGCCUGACGGAGGCCGAUGGGCAGAUCGGCAUAGCGGAUCUUAUCCUGAGCAGCUUUUUGUACACGAAGAACUCGAAAAGCGAUGACUCCGUCGACCAUUUGCUCGAGUUGGGCUACAUACGUAUCAAUAAUCUGAUCCCACGGGACUACUACACCGAGGUGCUCUGUCCGACGGAGAUCCAGCGAUACAUGCCGGUCGAUCAUAAGCGUGUGCUGCGUGUGUUUUGCCGUGAGAAGCCACCGGUCGGUGGUAUUUCGGUGAAGGAACAUUUCGAAAUUAACGUGGUGCCGAUCACGAUACAGAUUUCAAAGAAAUUCUACAACACAAUGCUUAAAUUUUGCUUUCCGGAUCGGGACGAAAGCGAAACGGUCGAUGAUCUCGAGGAUGGAGCAGCCAGCAUCAGUUCCUCGAGUACCGGUGGUGGUACAAGUGGUGUUAGUAGCGGUAGUGUUGCCGCUAGCGCUGGUGGUGGUUCGAGUACGGGGAAAAAGCAGAACAACUCGUCCUCCGCAUCGGUUGCAUCCACUGCUGGUGGUAACAGUACGACAUCGGUAGCGUCAACAUCAGGCGCCGGUGGUUCGAAAUCUUCGAGUGGUGGAAAGAAGGCUUCCAAGGAUAGUAACUUCUACGUCCGCAUCCAGGAUGAUGUGGAGAAGAUGAAGGAACGGGCGGAGAAGAACAAGCUGUUCAUCUACAUCAAAAUCCCGGAGGUACCGGUGCGUGUGAGCUACAAGGGUAAUAAGGAGAAAAACUUCGAGGACAUCACAGACCUGUCGCUGCUGAUACCGACGCUCGAGUAUCAUAACGUCACGUGGACGUGGCUGGAUUUACUGUUGGCGAUGAAGUCCGACAGUCGACGUGUGUUACUGUCGCAGGCGAUCAAGCAAAAACUGAAACUGAAGAAAGCACUAGUUGAUGAACAACCCACUCCCCAGGAAGAAGACAAGGCAAAGAUGCUGUUCGGCAAUCGGCAUGCGCGUGCUCGUAAUAAGCCGGAAAACAAGAGCCUGCGGAAGGGAGUGUUUAAGUUUUCCAAAUCCUAAUGCAUAACAUCACGUUCAAUGCCAAAGUAACGGAAACGGUGCAUUAUUUAUUCAACCAAAUAUCUAACGACGAAUGCGGUGACACAGCUGAGUUCCUGAAGUAGAAUGCAUUCUCCAAAGCUGGAUUGCGUGGCCGCGUAGUUUAAAAGUUAGCAGUCAUUUUUGGUAAAUCCUACCUGGUGGGUUAAAACUUUUACAGAAACGCUAAACGAGGGAUACGGUCGUGAAAAGAAAGUAUUUUUUUAGUGUUUUCGUGUAUAUUUAUAGACCCUAUGUAGCUACAUUUCGCUACAACUUUUUGGUUUGUCCGCAUUUCUUAAUCUUUUACUAUUAGCGCUUGCCACUAGCGCCGGCCGAGGCUUACAGAUUUCAUACAUUUCUCUGUCAAUUUUGGUUAUCUGUUUUAUGAAAGUAUUAUUUUCCAUUUUGCUUUUAACACUUGAGUCAGUAUCAGCAGCUCAGAAAGGGAUUUGAUCUCGCGAGUGUCGAUACCAAAUACGCUUCUGUAAGGAUAUCGUAGCGUGUGUUAUGCGAUGGAGGGGAUAGUAAGUGAGGCAACUAUGGUCUGGUUAAAGUUAUGGUAGACGAGCAGAAUAUAGUGCUGGUUUUGAAAAAAAAAAGAUAAUUAUUGU